CGCAUCUCCCCGCCCCACCGAAUGCGCGGUGCGUGCGCCACUUUGCAGUUUGUAGCAGCGGCAGCGUCCGUAGCAAACCUCCUCCUCCCAAGGCCUACUGGACUGCUGCGGCAGCAGGCGGUUGGGAGGGACCGCACCCGCACCCGCACCCGCACCGCAGGAAGCUUCCUGCCACCUUCCUCACCCCCUCGUAUUUCAACUUGCAGCCGAAGCAGAAGAGGGAGCGGCGCGCAUGCGGUUCCCACAUCCCCACCACCCGUAGUACCCCACCCAACAACCUCUUCUUCCUUUCCUCUCUGCUCGUCGCGGCGACGCGAGGGAGAGUGAGUCAGUGAAGGGCUCGUGCCUCCGCCGCGUCCUUGGGACGGAGAGGCGGUUCCGUGCGGCGCCGGGACUCGGAGAAUUCCAUCGCUUGGUUGCGGGGCUUGAUCGAUUGAGUUCUCGGGCUCGACGCAUUUGUUGGUUGCGGACUCCGGAGUCCAGGCACCGCACGCCAACGAGAACAGAAAAAGAUCUCGUCUUUGUUCGACGCGGCUUUUGUGGCCGGGGGGUACGUACAUAAAAGGUAGCGAUCCCCCGCCGCCAAAAUCGCAUCUUGUGGAGUCGAAUUCCGCAAGGAGAUUGAUCCUCCGUGCGAAAGAUCGCGUCUUGGAGGCGUGACGCGCUGACGGCGACGAUGGGCGAGGCGGCGCCGGCGGUGGACGACGAGUUCCCGGCGUGGGCGCGCUCCGUCAAGGACUGCGAGGCGCGGUUCGGGGUCUCCGCGGCGCGGGGGCUCUCGUCCGACGAGGCAGCGGCGCGGCUGCAAGCGCACGGGCCCAACGAACUCGCCGACCACCCGGGCCCGUCGCUGCUGCAGCUCCUCGCGCAGCAGUUCGAGGACACGCUCGUCCGCAUCCUCCUCGUCGCGGCCGCCGUCUCCUUCCUCCUCGCGCUCUCCAACUCCGCGGGGGAGGUCACGCUCUCCGCCUUUGUCGAGCCGCUCGUCAUCUUCCUCAUCCUCGUCGUCAACGCCGCCGUCGGAAUAUGGCAGGAGACCAACGCAGAGAAGGCGCUCGAGGCGCUGCGGGAGAUCCAGUCCGACCACGCCGCCGUCUUGCGGGACGGGGAGUGGGUGCCCAGCCUCCCCGCGCGGGACCUCGUCCCCGGCGACGUCGUCCAGCUCCGGGUCGGGGACAAGGUGCCCGCGGACAUGCGCGUGCUCCGGCUCGUCACAUCCACGCUCCGAGUUGAGCAGGGCUCGCUCACCGGCGAGACCGCCUCCGUCAACAAGACCGCGCACGCAGUGCCCACAGAGGACGCCGACAUCCAGGCCAAGGAGUGCAUGGUGUUCGCCGGGACCACCGUCGUGAACGGCGGCGCCAUCUGCCUCGUCGUGCACACCGGGAUGACCACGGAGAUCGGCAAAAUCCACGCUCAGAUCCAUGAGGCGUCGCAGGAGGACGACGACACCCCACUCAAGAAGAAGCUCAACGAAUUUGGCGAGGUGCUCACCAAGAUCAUCGGUCUCAUAUGCGCCCUGGUGUGGUUGAUCAAUGUCAAAUACUUCUUAACGUUUGAGCUUGAUGGAUGGGUGCCAAGGAACAUACGGUUCUCGUUCGAGAAGUGCACAUACUACUUUGAGAUCGCCGUGGCGCUUGCCGUCGCCGCGAUACCUGAGGGCCUGCCUGCUGUGAUCACAACUUGCCUUGCGCUUGGAACGAGGAAGAUGGCCGCCAAGAAUGCGCUGGUGAGGAAGCUGCCGAGUGUGGAGACACUGGGCUGCACCACGGUGAUUUGCUCAGACAAGACCGGAACACUGACCACAAACCAGAUGUCGGUGGCAAAACUCGUGGCGAUUGGUGAUUCUGCAGGGCAAGUUAGGAACUUCAAGGUGGACGGGACAACAUACGAUCCCCAGGAUGGGAAAAUUCACGAUUGGCCUGCAGGGAGCAUGGAUGCAAACCUUGAGACGAUUGCAAAGGUUGCAGCUGUGUGCAAUGAUGCCAGCGUGGCACAUUCUUCACAUCAGUAUGUCGCCACCGGAAUGCCGACUGAGGCAGCUUUAAAGGUCCUGGUUGAGAAAAUGGGUCUGCCUGGAGGAAAGAGUGGACUGUCAUUGGACCCGUCUGAUACAUUAGGCUGCUGCAGAUGGUGGAACAAUGUUGCCAAAAGGAUUGCCACGCUCGAAUUUGACCGAAUGAGGAAAUCAAUGGGUGUCAUUGUGAAGACCAGUUCAGGAAGCAAUGCUCUACUCGUGAAGGGAGCUGUUGAAACGUUGCUUGAGAGAAGUAGCCACAUUCAACUGAAGGAUGGUUCAGUGGUGCCGUUAGAUGAGAAAUCAAAGGAAACUAUGUUGGCCAGCCUCCAUGAAAUGUCAACUAAAGCUUUGCGCUGCCUUGGUUUUGCGUACAAGGAGGAUCUAGCUGACUUUGCAACAUACGAUGGCGAAAACCAUCCUGCUCAUAAGCUUUUGCUGGACCCAGCCAAUUAUGCAGCAAUUGAGACUGAACUAAUAUUUGCUGGUCUUGUUGGCUUAAGGGAUCCUCCCAGGGAAGAGGUUUUUGAUGCUAUUGAAGAUUGCAGAGCUGCUGGCAUCCGUGUUAUGGUGAUAACAGGGGACAACAAAGAAACUGCUGAGGCAAUAUGCCGUGAAAUAGGUGUGUUUUCAUCGAAUGAGGAUAUCACCUUAAAGAGCCUUACAGGGAAGCAGUUCAUGGCACUUGAGGAGAAGAAGACACUGCUACGAAGGAAAGGUGGCCUUCUGUUCUCUAGGGCAGAGCCUAGGCACAAACAAGAGAUUGUGAGACUGUUGAAAGAAGAUGGUGAAGUUGUUGCCAUGACUGGAGAUGGAGUCAAUGAUGCCCCUGCUCUAAAACUGGCUGACAUUGGUAUAGCAAUGGGCAUUACUGGAACUGAGGUUGCCAAAGAGGCCUCUGAUAUGGUGUUGGCUGAUGACAACUUUAGCACUAUAGUUUCUGCAGUUGGUGAAGGAAGAUCUAUUUAUGACAAUAUGAAAGCUUUCAUCAGAUACAUGAUUUCCUCAAACAUUGGUGAAGUUGCUUGUAUUUUCCUAACUUCUGCCUUGGGUAUUCCCGAGGGAUUGAUACCUGUUCAACUUCUCUGGGUUAAUCUUGUCACCGAUGGACCCCCUGCAACUGCGUUAGGUUUCAAUCCACCUGACAAGGACAUCAUGAAGAAGCCGCCAAGAAGGAGCGAUGAUUCACUUAUUACUCCUUGGAUUUUGUUCCGCUACCUGAUCAUUGGCCUUUAUGUUGGGAUUGCAACUGUUGGCAUAUUUGUCAUAUGGUACACGCAUGGAUCUUUCAUGGGCAUUGACCUCACUGGAGAUGGUCACACUCUUGUCAGUUACUCGCAGCUCUCAAACUGGGGCCAGUGCUCAACUUGGGACAACUUCAAGGUUGCGCCUUACACUGCUGGAGCCAGAACUUUCACCUUCGACAACCCCUGCGAGUACUUCCAGGCCGGCAAAGUGAAGGCAACAACGCUAUCUCUGUCCGUCCUGGUGGCGAUUGAGAUGUUCAACUCGCUCAACGCUCUCUCUGAAGACACCAGCCUGCUCAGGAUGCCUCCUUGGGUGAACCCAUGGCUGCUCCUUGCGAUGUCCGUGUCUUUCGGGCUCCAUUUCAUGAUCCUCUACGUGCCGUUCCUCGCGACAGUGUUUGGCAUCGUGCCACUCAGCUUGAACGAGUGGCUGCUUGUUUUGCUGGUCGCGUUCCCGGUGGUGCUGAUCGACGAGGUUCUCAAAUUUGUGGGCAGGUCUACAAGCUCUUCAGGCCCCAAGAGGCGGUCGAGGAAGCAGAAGGGCGAGUAAUGGCUAACAUCGGUUCAAACCUGAGUGACUAAAUCAAUCAAUCAAUUUGUUUUGAUCAUAUAAAGAUAAUCGCCAAAGGAUGUUUGUUGAACAGCAAACUAUUCAUCAAUACAGAAAAGUGCAGGAGACAAGUUGUCAUUCUCACUUUGGAAGAUGACUUUUGCUGUUUAUUUCUUCCUUCUCCUAAUGAUGAUAACUGAGUUCACAAAAACCUUAUUUUUAGUGGUUAGUUGGCAACCCCAUACAUACCUGUGAAUUAUUAAAGUGUUACUUCUCAGUUCUUGGUUGUAAUAUGACUAUUGUGGCGGUGGCAUACUGAGGUGGCUGUUUCUGCA